AUGGCAUCUCCUCAAAACGUAUCAGUUGAUCAAGUGCGCCAGAUAUUAACUCAAGUUAUAGAUGCGCUAGAGUCGCCAGAUUAUUCAUGUAAACUGGACGAAGCCAAAGAAGCCGCUGGAAAUGAAAUGCUGAAAAUGAUGCAGAUAGUGUUCCCCAUGGUUGUGCAAAUCGAAAUGGAAAUAAUUAAACGUCAUGGUUUCUGUAAUUCUAGAGAAGGCAUUGUGCAGUUCACACAAAUGGUUCGUGAAAUGGAGAGCAUGGAUGGAGAAGUGGCUCGUUUACAUGCCCAGAUCCGCAGCCAUUACUUGCCACCUGUGUCCAUUAGUUCCACUGUAGACACAUCCCUCUAGGAGGAAAACGUGAUUUUAACUGUGAGAAGUCUUGAUGUACCAAUAUGCUACAUAAAAGAAAGAAAUAUAAACUAUUUUUGGCAAUAUGUGUAGUGCUUUGCCUAUUUUACAUGUCAGGAUUAAGUGACUACAUUAACUCUACGAGUUAUGACGAUAAUUUUAAUUAUCCCUUAAAUAUAGAUAUUAUUCCACUGGUAAAUGAAGUGUUGUCUGGUAUGAAAACAAGUGUAUCACCUAUCAACUAUUACCCUUAUAGGUUUUUAACAAAUUCUGGGAAGUGCAACACUAUAGAAAAAUUAGAUUUAUUUAUUGUUGUAAAGUCUGCAAUGCAGAAUUUUGAUCACAGAACAGCUAUCAGACAUACAUACGGUCAAGAAGAUUUGAUUCCAGGUAGAAUCAUCAAAGUUCUCUUUUUUCUGGGUAUUGACAAUGGUCAUCCCAAAACAGAACUUCAAAAACAGAUCAACGAAGAAAUAAUAAAAUUUAAGGAUAUAAUACAGAUGGAUUUCCAUGACACUUACUAUAACAACACAAUAAAAACAAUGAUGUCAUUCCGUUGGCUUUAUGAGCACUGCUCUACUGCAGACUAUUACUUAUUCACUGAUGAUGACAUGUAUAUAUCUGUCAAUAAUCUGCUUGAUCAUAUUCAAGACACAAUAGUUCCGCCUAAACAAGAGUUGAAUGAGAAGGAGAAGCAUGUAUAUACUGGCUAUGUGUUCAAGUCUUCACCCCUUAGGCUCAUAACAAGCAAGUGGCGGGUAUCACUGGACGAAUACCCAUGGGACAAGUGGCCACCAUACAUAACAGCAGGAGCUUACCUUGUAUCCAAUAGAUCCAUGAAAGCAUUAUAUGUGGCUAGUCUAUUUGUGAAACAUUUCCGAUUUGAUGACAUAUAUUUGGGUAUUGUUGCCAAAAAGGUUGGUAUUAUACCUGAACAUUGUGAAAAGUUUUAUUUUUACAAGAAAGAGUAUGAUAAGGAAGGUUAUAGAGACGUUAUAGCAUCCCAUGGAUACUCAGAUCACCAAGAGCUGGUAAGAAUUUGGAAUGAACAGAACAAAAACCAUGAUCAAUGAAUAUUUUAUACCAUGAAUAAAAUUGUAUGAUGAUCAUAUGCAAUCGGAAACAAUACAAUUGUACAGACAAACAGAAAAUAGAAUCAUGAUCAUGUGUGUGUGAAGUUAUCUUGAGAGAACAGUAACAUGUAUAAAUAUCAUGGUCAAUAAAUCUACAGUUGGAAUUUGUGAAGUCACUGAUAAAUGUUGUUUGUCUAAACCAUAUUUUUUGUACAAAAGUAUAUAAUUAGUAAAUAGGUAAAAACUAGUGAUGAUAAUGGACAUUAUGAAAGUUUUUUCUAUAUAGUAUGAUGUAGUGUACUCAUUCAAAGUGUACUUAAUUUAGUUGUUUUUGUUAUAAAACGUUUAUGUGGAUAUUAAUGUCUUCGUCAACAUUUGUAAUUGGAUGUUGGCUUCUAAAUUGGUGUAUUACCUACAGCUAAAUUAAGUAUUAUGUAUAGAUAUAAUAAAGAUAGACAAGUGUGUGUUAUAGGAAAAAAAAGAAGAAUUUGGAAUUAAUAUGCAUAGGGCAAAUAAAUUUCAAAUUUAAAGAAGGCCCAUUAUAGAUUACAGACUCUGAAAUUAUGACUUGUGUCUAACACACAUAGGGCUUUUUGCCUGGAAAAACAUAAAAUAUUUACAUUUUGUAGCGAAGUGUAGCCUUGGCGAGAGAGCGUGUCCGACUGAAUGCAAAUCGGGCAAUUACCCGACUUUCGCAUUGCAAAAUUAGAAGCGUGUAUAACGUGUCUUUGACUAUAAGGCGCUUUGCAGACGGCGGGGCGGAGCGGGCCGGUCAAUUUCGCCGCGAACGAUAGCACAAAGUGAAUCCUAUAAUACAAACGCACACAGAGGGCAAAAAGACCGCGCCGCAGGUGCCCGGCGGGCAGUGGCGGCGCGGCAUGUCCGCGGCUGCCCGCCGUGGAUCAUACAAACCAGUUUAUAUGCAGUAACGCAGGCGGCGGCUCAGUCCGCGCCACGCGCUUUUUAGUGAUGGACUAUUCACUAGAACGAACGUCCUGAACUGACUGCCUCUGCCCGUCGUGUGCUUUAUGUACGCGGCGAGGGCAGCCGCUGACAUUGACGGGCAGACGCGGUUUUUAUUGCUUCGCGGACAAAAAGCCCGCCCCGCCCCGUUGUCUGCAAAGCGCCUAAA